UUUCCUAAAUAAAUAUGACCACCAAGAACAUGUUCUCUGAAGACAUUCUCAGCCUUGACUCCAGCACGGUGACUUAAUAGAGCUCGGCUCUGCCAUGAAGUCCGUUGCUCUAUUCCUCAUGGGCAUCAUCUUCCUGGAUCACUGUGGAGUUCGAGGAACCCUAGUGAUAAGGAAUCAGCGAUGCUCCUGCAUCAGCACCAGCCAAGGCACAUUCCACUACAAAUCCCUCAAAGACCUCAAACAGUUUGCCCCAAGCCCUAACUGCAACAAAACUGAAAUCAUCGCUACACUGAAGAACGGAGAUCAAACCUGCCUAGACCCAGAUUCAGCAAGGGUGAAGAAGCUGAUGAAAGAAUGGGAGAAAAAGAUCAGCCAAAAGAAAAAGCAAAAGAGGGGGAAAAACCAUCAAAGGAGCAAGAAAACCCGAAAAGCUAAAACACCCCACCAUCCGGAGUCAAAGAAGACUGCAUAAGAGACCACUUUACCAACAAGCGCUCUGCAUCUAAACGGCUUUUAGAUCAUACUAAAACGCCUUCCCUUUAAUACACAACUCG